GCUGGACUCUUCCACCGGGACAACGGAGACUGACAGAAUACUCGCCGCCGCGUUCUCCCCCUCAGGGGAAUACUUCUCUUAUACCGAUGAUCGCAAGAGGAUUGUCCUGUUCAGAACUGACCCGGUGUGGGAGAGAAUCAGUGUGAGGUUUGUGACUCGGCGCUGUACAUCUCUCACCUUCUCCGCCUGUGGAACCCGUAUCCUGGUAGCUGAUAAAUCUGGAGAUGUUUUCUCUUACUCGGUCACCAGUGUCCAGGAGGAAGGUCACCUAGAGCUGGGACAUCUGUCAAUGUUACUCCAUCUGGCGGUGAGUCCAGGAGGAGAACAUGUCAUCACGUGUGACCGAGACGAGAAGAUCCGUGUCAGUCUGUGGGAGGCACCUCAUGUCAUCAGCGCAUUCUGUCUGGGACACACAGAAUUUGUGUCACAGCUGCUGGUGCCUCCCGGUCUGAAGAAACUGCUUCUCUCCGGGUCAGGAGAUGGGACGCUGCGGCUCUGGCUAUACGAGACCGGGGAGGAGAUUCAGAGCUGGGACAUCAGCAGCAUCCAGAGACCUGAGGAUGCGCCGGAGUUCACGAGAUUUGCAGUCUCCAGAAUCAGCUGCUGCCUGAGAGGAGAGAACGUAGCUGUAUUGUGUGACAGUGUUCCUGGAAUCUACCUGUUCUCCAUCUCAUCUGCUCCGCGCCUCACACACGUACAGUAUAUCUCACUGUCCUAUGUUCCUGUGGACCUGGAUUUUGAAGACUCCUCCUCCCUCUGGGUGUUAUCGGGUGUCAGGGACAACCCUGUAGAGCGGUUCCAGCAGAGAGAUGGAAGCUGGCAGCCAACAACGCAAGAUGAUUAUUUAAAGAGACUUUCAGAGACUGUUAGAGAAGACUUGGACCAGAUUGGAGGCUCCGUGGCUCAGGAAAACCGCUUCAGUGGAUUGUACAAGGCCGUGUGUGACAAUAUGGCCUCAUAUUUGCUGAAAAAGGAGGCGCGUCUUCAAUCUGAGAAGCGAAAAUUAGUCCCAGGCCAAGCAGAGUCUGCGGGGAAAAUGCAGAAGACCUGAAGAAGCAACUCUCUGAUAUUACUGGGUGCCGGGGAAUGAGAAAUGAUAGGGCGGCCGUUAUCCAGGGCUUCCUGAUGGCCCUAAACCGCCUUCUGGACCCUGCAGCGGCCACACCGCGCCAUUCCGUUAUGUGGAUGCUCCAGGUCUGCUUUUGGGCGCCUGUAUAUAGGAAUGCUGUGUUUUGACCUGGUGAUUCUGUUUUCAUAUGAUAGAACGUGUCCAGUACAAUGUACAGAUUUUCAUGUGAAUGCAUUUUGAAUUAAAUAUCAUUUUUAUUUUGUUUUAGAUAAAAAUGUUUACAGAAAUAUAAAAAAUUGCAAUUCUGCCCCCAUUAUUUUCUCACAAUCGCAGCAUCUCAAGACAUUUACCCCUAAACUUAUUCUGGAAUUUGCAAAUUAAUUCUAAAAAUUACAAAUAUAUUUCCAACUUCCUUACAGCGCGUGUCAGUGUUCUGUGUCAUGUAAGAGAGGGGACAUGAGCUUCUCCAUGUGUCAGCACGUCCUCCGGCGUAGUAGUAAUAUGGAGAUAGCGUCUUCCGGCAUUAAUAAUACACCAGCGUGGUCACUGAGAUAAUGGCUGCAGGGUGACGUGACACCGCCUGACCUCAGAGCUUCUGUCCCUGAGCCUGAAAUACACAGCAACAAUGAUUUAUUCAGACAUUGCUUCUCUCUCAGGAGCGUGCUCCAUGGAUUUACUACCCUGACUGCGGCUCUAGAGCGUAUCUGUGCGUUAUAUUACAUUAUAUAACAUUACGUUAUAUUACACACUGUAUUGUUAUCUUUCCAGCUAAACAGCGAAUGCUGCUAAACUGUAAUCAGCUAAACAAGAGCAUUUGUUCCAUC